AUGGGCAUGAGGAGGGAAGCCGUGCAGAGGGGCCGCAUCCCCCCCACUCACUCCAGCGCCAGCCCCACAGCCAUGCCCAGCGGGGAAUACUUCAACGGGCAGCCCGUGUCCGAGCUCAUCUCCCAGCUGCUGCGGGCUGAGCCUUACCCCGCCGCCCGCUACGGCUCCCAGUACGCACAGCAGGGCAGCGUGAUGGGCAUCGACAACAUCUGCGAGCUGGCCGCCCGUCUGCUCUUCAGCACGGUGGAGUGGGCACGGAACAUCCCCUUCUUCCCCGAGCUGCCCGUCUCUGACCAGGUGGCUCUAUUGAGGCUCAGCUGGAGCGAGCUCUUCGUGCUCAACGCGGCGCAGUCGGCGCUGCCGCUGCAUAUGGCCCCAUUGCUGGCAGCUGCCGGUUUCCACGCCUCCCCCAUGUCGGCCGAUCGCGUCGUCGCCUUCAUGGACCACAUCCGCAUCUUCCAGGAUCAGGUGGAGAAGCUCAACAGGCUGCAGGUGGACUCGGCUGAGUACAGCUGCCUCAAAGCCAUCGCGCUCUUCACGCCGGAUGCCUGCGGCCUUUCGGACCCAGCCCACGUGGAGGGGCUGCAGGAGAAGGCUCAGGUGGCACUGACAGAGUACGUGAGGUCUCAAUACCCAUCACAGCCUCAACGCUUCGGGCGGCUCCUGCUGCGCCUGCCUGCCCUACGCGCCGUGCCUGCAGCCCUCAUCUCACAGCUCUUCUUCAUGCGCCUGGUGGGGAAGACACCCAUCGAAACACUAAUCAGGGACAUGCUGCUGUCUGGGAGCACCUUCAACUGGCCCUAUGGGACGGGGCAGUAGGGAUGGUGAUGAUCCCGGUGUGCCCUGGGGGACCCUAUGGUGCCAUUGGGGUGGGGGUCUGAACUGUGCCAGAGAAGGGGGACCCCAAGAGCUGCAUGGCCACAGCCCUGUGCUCUGGAACCCAAAGGUACCGGCUCCUCACUGCAGGUGGAUGUUGGACUUUGCUGGACCCCAUCAUGCAGCCCCAGCAGCAAUCCUGGCUCUGGGAAAGGGGCUUUGGGACCCCCCACCCCCCCCAGACGUCGAAGUGGAAGUGAUGGAGCGUACAGAUAAGAAGCUCUGAACGUCCCCUUUGUGCCCUCCCAGGACAGAUCUAUCCUCCAGGACUGAAGAACCAACCCCAGAGCAGAGGAAUGCCCACCCCUCUUCCUGGGGUGCACAGGGUGGUAUUGGGGGGGGGGGUAAUUGGGGUCACAGAGCACUGUGCACAUGGGGGCGCAAUGAGAGGGGUCUUUGGGUGCCCUGUAGCUCACUCCAUCCCCACUGCCUGCUUCGUGCUUGGCUCCCCCCAUGGAUUUAAGGUUGAGGGGGGGGGCAGGGAAUGGAUGUGAGCAUCCUCCUACUAAGCUCUGUUUCCAAGCCAGGACCCUGUGAAAGGGAUACAGGUGGUGGUGGGGGAACCAAAAAUCCAGUGAUGGGGGGUGUUGAAUGGGGAUGGAGGUACCCCACAUCCCCCCCCACCCCCCCCAUCCAGGUCCUUGCAGCGGGGCUGUGUGUCUCAGGGGUCUGCACUGUGUGAGCAGUGCAGGGUUGGGGGGGAGGGGAAGGGGGGGGGAAAGCAGUCAUUUAGAUUGAUUCAUUGUAAAAAACCAACCCUAUAAUCCUUGUUCAAUGAUACUAAACCAAUUAACGGGCAUCAAUAAAGAUGUUUCUUACAAGG